UACAACAAAUAAAUUACCCGGUGCACAAUUAUGCAGUGCUGUUAUUUAAAAGAUAAUGACAAUUGCAUAAUAAUUAGAAUAUAUCAUAAACAUAUUCAUUAGUCAUUUUGUUUUUAAGUGAAAAAUAUGUGCAUAAAGUUGCUGCUGAAUAGAAGUCGGAUUUUCUCAAUAAUAUAGAAAAAAAUGGUUCAGGCUGACCCAACGUGCAGCCUCUGGCUGGACAAAAACAUUGACAGCAGACGAGGAUCUGAUUUUUCCCGCCUGGACUUCGACACGAGUUCAAUGUUUGAAUCGAAUGUCCAGUUGUCAAGUUCAUUAGAUGUCAUCGACUGGUCAAAAACUAAAAUUCCCAAACGGACUAGUAUCAACAGAGGAUCGCUGAGGAGCAAAUCAUUAUGUAUAAUUAGACCAAAAGAUUACACAUUAAUGGAAAUUCGGAGGAUAAGGGAAAGAUUACUUCGGACGCAACCUCAUCCAAAGCCCUCUGUCAUUUACAACUUGGGCUCGAGACAACGUAUUACUCUGGCAGUUUUAGCGCUGGUGGACUUCAUCUCUUUCUGCUCCAUGAGUGUUAUGGCCCCAUUUUUUCCCCAAGAAGCGGAAAGGAAAGGGCUUACUCAGACGGAAACAGGACUAGUGUUCAGCUUUUAUGCUUUGGUUAUGUUUGCAGCUUCACCUCUUUUUGGAAAGUUGCUACCUAAAAUUGGGGCAAGAUUUCUUUUUCUUUCCGGAUUGUUUAUAGCAGGUGGUUGUAGUGUGGUUUUUGGCUUAUUAGAAUAUGUAGAAGAUCGAAAACUAUUCAUGAUUUUCUGCUUUUUUGUUCGUGGUUUGGAGGCUUUGGGAGCUAGUGCAUAUUCAACGGCCAGUUAUGUUUAUGUAGUUGCUUGCUUUCCUGAUAAUAUAGGAACAGUGCUAGGUCUUCUAGAAACUUUUGUGGGACUUGGAAUGUCUAUGGGACCUGCUAUUGGAGGCUUUCUGUACUCGUUAGGAGGAUUUGGUUUACCAUUUUAUUCUGUUGGCAUUCUGACACUAUUUGUAGUUCCUGUAACCAUGUGCUUAUUGCCGCAUAAUAACGAUUUAGGUAAAACUAGUAAGCCGGGUUCACUGCUUUUGUUAGCCUAUUGCCCAGGAGUCCUGAUGACUGGAUUGGUUGUAAUAGUUGCAUCAAGCGCUUGGGGAUUUUUAGAUCCAACUUUAGAACCACAUUUGAGACAAUUUUCACUCAGCGCCAAGCAAGUUGGACUGAUUUUCUUGCUUUUCUCAUCGUUGUAUGCUGUAUCAAGCUCAUUUUGGGGAUGGCUGGCCGACAAAUUCAACAACCAUUGGUCAAUGAUGUUCAGCGGACUUUUAUUAUGCUCAUUGGGGCUUUUAUUACUAGGCCCUUCGCCGUUGUUGCCACUCGAAAGUUCAUUAUGGUUGAAUUUAACAUCAUUGUCGAUAUUAGGAAUAUCGAUUGCGUUGGCUCUACUGCCUACCUUUCAAUCAGUAUUAAUGUUUGCAAUGGACGCAGGCUGUCCUGAUUCAGUGUCCACGUACUCUGUAGUUGCUGGACUGUGGUCAUGUAUGUACUCCCUUGGAGAAGUUAUAGGGCCAACAUUGGGAGGAACUUUACUGGAAAAAUUUGGGUUUCCUUGGUGUUCUACAGUAAUGGCUGGAAUUACAUUUUCACUUGCUAUAGCAUCAUUUUUUUUCUUUGCCUUUCGAUCUCCAAGUAAUGCAGGAAAAUCAACAUGCGAUAGUGGAAUGAGUGAAUAUUCUACAAUAUAUGGAACAAUGACUGAUAGUGAUGAUAGAGAUCCAUUAUUAACAAAAUUUUAUGAUAGUGAUGAUGAUAACACAAGUCAUAUUGCAUAUACGAUAGAAAAAAUAAAUUACUAUGAACAAAGCAGGAGGAAUGACCAAGAAUUUGGCGAUUUAGAUACUAAUCAAAUGACUGAUGUGAGGGGAACUGUUAACGUAACAUCGAGAGGAGCUUGUGAAGUUUAAAAUUUGAGUCUGAUCGGUAUCAUUUAUAUGUUUUAUGUACAUCCAAUAAUAUUUAGGAUGCAUGAAAUUAAAAUAGUUUAAGAUAAGUUUUAUAUUACAAUUCAAAAUGCUAUGAAUGAUUUAUGAAUGUUUAAUAUUCUUGAUAAUGUAUGCU